CUUCGAAUCUUAUGAAUAAAAGGACAUUUAAUGCACGUGUCGCAAUGCUGAGUUACCUCGUUGUUACACCAUCAUGGACAAACAGCUGUGCUUAUAACGUUAGCUUUUUCCCGUAUUUUACCCAUUUCUAAAGAACAGUUAACAAGCUGUACCAUAAACCGGAAAGAUGGUGAUUAAACAAGUGCGAACAGUCUCGUUAUGGGACAAGGAAGCAAUUGUGCCAUUGCUUGCUGGGAUUCGUAUUGCAGAAGGUAGUGCAGAGUAUGAUGAAGUUGCAACCCAGUCUAUGGCAUCACCUAGUAAAGAGCACUGUGCCAUUGGUCUACCCAUGUUCCAUCCUAGUGUACCCAGCUCUGCCUCCGAGUCACAGUGCUCCCUCUGCCAGGUUACAUUUGCAAGCCGUCAGGAACAAGUCAAUCACUACCGCCUGGACUGGCAUCGUUGCAACCUCCAAAGGUCGUUAGCGAGCAAGCCCCCACUCACUGAGGAACAGUUCAUACAAGAUAUGAGUGAUGUGUCUAGCUUAUCGGGAUCAGAUGACGAUGAUGAUGAGGAGGGGGUGGAAAGCAGAGAAUCCCCUGAUGAAGAUGCAAGUAAUUCUGUACUGAGGAAACAAGCCAGAAUGUUCUUCUGUAAUGCAGAUGGAAAUGUGAUAUCGGUGUACAGAGCCAUUUUGUUCAACAAAAAGAAAGAAAUGUAUGGGGAACAGGAUGUGGUUCAGCGUGUGCUGGCAGCCCCUCGCAAGGUCAAUGUUGCAGUUAUUCUCCUUGGUGGAGGCCACUUUGCGGCCGCUGUGUUUAAAGGCAGUGAGGUGAUCAUCCACAAGACCUUUCACAAUUACACUGUUCGAGCCAAGCAAGGAGGUAGCCAGAGCGCCAAGGACGGUCAGAGCGGAACGUCGCACCCCAAGUCCAGUGGUGCUUCGCUCAGGAGGUACAAUGAGCUGUCACAGCAACAGCACAUCCAAGAGCUGAUGGAGUCUUGGAAAACCCACCUUGAGAAAUGUGACCUCAUUUUCCUCCACGCCAAGAAGCACAACCGCAAAACGCUUUUCACUGGCAAGAAACCAAUCCUCAAUCCAAAGGAUGAUCGACUUAGGGCCAUACCUUUCCCCACAAAGAGAGCAAAAUUCUCUGAAGUCAAGAGAGUGUAUGGGAUGCUUUUCGAAGUUCUCAUUCAUGGGACUGAAGAUGAAUUUAAGGCAAUGGUCAGGGACUCGCUGAUUGGGGAGGUCAAACCCGUUACUAAAAAGAAAAAGGAGGCAAGCCCCAAGAAGGAAACAAGUCCAAGAAAGGAAGCGAAGAAGCCCAAGAGCGAGAGAAGAAAGGAGGUACCAGAAUCCAUGCUCAUCUUCCAGUGAGUCCUUGUCGAUGAUGAAGAUGAGAUGGUGAUGACCAUGACCAAGAUGUCCUUCUGCAUGAGGGACAUAGGGGGAGGAAAGGACUGUUCGUUUGACCCAAAAACAUUGAGAGAGUUAGAGAGGAAAGAAAGACAGCAGCCAAAAAAGUCUAAAGAAGAUUCCAAACACAAAGAAGUAGUUUGGAAUGAGAUAUAUACCUCAUGCAGGACAGGCAACAAGGACCGGCUGGAGAUAGCACUAAAAUUUUCCUCACCUUCAAGUCACAAGGGUAAUGCACAAAACAAAGCACUGAUGAACUCUCUCCAAAAUGUGCAGAUUCCAUCUGAUCUGUCACUCAUCACUUUUGGCAAGAAAGACCGAACUAUGUUGCACAUAGCAGCAGAAAGCGGACACAAAGAUCUCCUGUGGUUUCUGCUAGAACAUGGUUGUGAUCCAGCUGCCUCAGAUAACAAGGGGAGUUUUCCGUUUAAUUUGUCAAAGGAUAAAGAGACGAGAAACACCUUCCGUCGUUUCAUGGCACAGUAUCCGAAGAAGUAUGACUACAAGCAGGCACGCAUCCCGAGCCCACUGACAGCAGAGCAGGAAGCAAAGGAACAGGCAAAGGAGAUGGAGAAGAAGAAGGCACAGGAACAAGCCAGAGAGCAGAAGGAGAAGGAGAGGAAGCGAAAGGAAGAAGAAGCCAGGAGAGAAAGAGAAGAGAAAAAAAGGUUUCUCAAAUUAAGUGACAGAGAGAAGAGAGCUUUGGCAGCUGAGAAGCGAUUCCUGCAACAGCAACAGAGCACUGGUGCUGUCCCAAGCACACCAAAACAACGCUGCUUCAUGUGUGGGAAGGACAUCACAGGCAUGGUGCCCUUUGAGUACAAUGACUAUAAGUUUUGUACAACAAAGUGCGUCCGUGAACAUCGUACAAAACAGUAGAAACUAUAGUUGUAGAAGUAACAGAAGUUUAGAUACGAUAAAUGAUGAAUGCCAGAUGCUGGAAUAAUGAAUUCUCUUGCUCUGUGAUCAUAUUUCUGGGGACAGUGGAUUCUCAUAUUCUGUGGUCAUAUUUCAAGGGUCAUAGGGAUGUCCCUGUUUCUCCACCUUGAAGCUCUCAGGUGUUCACAACCAUAAAUUGUUAAGUGUGGUAGGAUCCUAUUCAGUCUGCAUUUUGAAAUGAUAUUGCCUUCUUUUAUUUAUAUUUAUGUAUAUAU